GCGAGCCAGCCCAGCCGAGCCCAGUCCGUGCCCUGCGGCGCCGCGGGCGGGACGCGCCGAGCGGGGGAUGCCCGCGCCCCGGAGCGCGGCUGCCGCGGUAGGCGCUGCCAGGGCUGCGGCGGAUCGCCCGCUGGGAUUUGCGGACAGUCAUGAACCAGAGCGAGGCACCCCGGCCGCUCAACUGGACCAUCCGGAAGCUGUGCCAUGCCGCCUUCCUCCCUUCUGUCAGACUCCUUAAGGCACAGAAAUCAUGGAUAGAAAGAGCAUUUUACAAGCGAGAAUGUGUCCAUAUCAUACCCAGCACCAAAGACCCCCAUAGGUGUUGCUGUGGGCGUCUAACAGGCCAACACAUUGGACAGCCUCCAAGCGCCUCCGUUACCCAGAAUGAGAAAAGUGAAACCAGGCUGGCUCGCAAUGACAUCCAGUCGGAGAAGUGGUCCAUCAGCAAGCACACGCAGCUCAGCCCGACGGACGCCUUCGGAACCAUUGAGUUCCAGGGAGGAGGCCACUCCAAUAAAGCCAUGUAUGUACGUGUGUCUUUUGACACAAAGCCUGACCUUCUUCUGCAUCUGAUGACCAAAGAGUGGCAACUUGAGCUCCCCAAACUUCUCAUCUCUGUGCAUGGGGGCCUUCAGAAUUUUGAACUUCAGCCAAAACUCAAACAGGUCUUUGGAAAAGGACUUAUUAAGGCUGCAAUGACAACUGGAGCAUGGAUAUUCACUGGAGGAGUAAACACAGGGGUCAUUCGGCAUGUUGGAGAUGCCCUGAAAGAUCAUGCCUCAAAAUCUCGAGGGAAGAUCUGCACCAUCGGUAUAGCUCCCUGGGGGAUUGUGGAAAACCAAGAGGAUCUGAUUGGCAAAGAUGUGGUCCGACCAUACCAGACGAUGUCCAAUCCCAUGAGCAAGCUGACAGUGCUCAACAGCAUGCAUUCUCAUUUUAUUUUGGCUGACAAUGGUACUACUGGUAAAUAUGGAGCUGAGGUAAAGCUUCGUAGACACCUGGAAAAGCACAUUUCACUUCAAAAGAUAAAUACAAGAAUUGGCCAAGGGGUUCCAGUGGUGGCCCUUAUUGUGGAAGGAGGUCCCAAUGUCAUCUCCAUUGUUCUGGAGUACCUGCGAGACACUCCCCCUGUUCCUGUUGUGAUAUGUGAUGGCAGUGGCCGAGCAUCUGACAUCCUUGCCUUUGGCCACAAAUAUUCUGAGGAAGGAGGACUGAUCAACGAGUCUUUGAGGGACCAGUUGCUAGUUACCAUCCAGAAGACUUUCACAUACACCCGAACCCAGGCACAGCACCUCUUCAUUAUCCUCAUGGAGUGCAUGAAGAAGAAAGAGCUGAUCACAGUUUUUCGAAUGGGAUCAGAAGGACACCAGGAUAUUGAUUUGGCUAUCCUGACAGCACUACUAAAAGGAGCGAAUGCAUCUGCUCCCGACCAGCUGAGCCUAGCGCUAGCCUGGAACAGAGUGGACAUCGCCCGCAGCCAGAUCUUUAUUUAUGGGCAGCAAUGGCCGGUGGGCUCCCUUGAGCAAGCAAUGCUGGAUGCACUGGUGUUGGACAGAGUGGAUUUUGUGAAAUUACUCAUAGAAAAUGGAGUAAGCAUGCAUCGUUUUCUCACCAUCUCCCGGCUAGAGGAAUUGUACAAUACGAGACACGGACCAUCCAACACUCUGCAUCAUCUAGUCAGGGAUGUGAAAAAGCGAGAAUAUCCAGGUUUCGGUUGGAUCUAUUUUAAGGGAAACUUACCUCCUGAUUACCGGAUAAGUCUGAUUGAUAUUGGGUUGGUGAUAGAGUACCUGAUGGGAGGAGCGUACCGCUGCAAUUACACCCGAAAGCGGUUCAGAACACUGUACCACAACUUGUUCGGGCCCAAGAGGCCAAAAGCUCUGAAGCUGUUGGGAAUGGAGGAUGAUGUCCCUUUGCGUCGAGGCAGAAAACCAACAAAGAAAAAAGAGGAAGAAGUUGAUAUUGAUAUGGAUGACCCUGAGAUCAAUCACUUUCCGUUCCCAUUCCAUGAGCUGAUGGUGUGGGCUGUGCUGAUGAAACGUCAGAAGAUGGCCCUCUUCUUUUGGCAACACGGGGAAGAGGCUAUGGCUAAAGCUCUGGUGGCCUGCAAACUCUGCAAAGCCAUGGCCCACGAGGCAUCAGAAAAUGACAUGGUGGAUGACAUAUCCCAAGAGCUGAACCACAAUUCCAGGGACUUCGGCCAGCUGGCGGUCGAGCUGCUGGACCAGUCAUACAAGCAGGACGAGCAGCUGGCCAUGAAACUGCUGACCUAUGAGCUGAAGAACUGGAGCAACGCCACGUGCCUGCAGCUUGCAGUGGCAGCCAAGCACAGGGACUUCAUCGCUCACACUUGCAGCCAGAUGCUGCUCACUGACAUGUGGAUGGGUCGUCUCCGGAUGCGAAAAAAUUCUGGCCUAAAGGUAAUUCUAGGAAUUCUACUUCCUCCUUCAAUCCUCAGCUUGGAGUUCAAGAACAAAGAUGAUAUGCCCUACAUGACCCAGGCCAAUGAGAUCCAUCUUCAAGAAAAAGAUCCAGAAGAACCAGAGAAGCCAGUGAAAGAAAAAGAUGAGGAAGACAUGGAACUCACUGCAAACAGCAGGAGCUGCCCGCAGGAUCCCGACUGCAGGCAGGCAGAAGGACCUGCCUACAGGACCCAAUAUGCAGGCAAGCCGAAGGAGCAGCCCACCAGACCCACCUACAGGACCCGUUUGCAGGCAAUGCUUGGACGGGGCAAUGGAGAGUCCUCAAGAAAGAAGGAGGAUGAGGAAGUUCAGAGCAGGCACAGAAUGAUCCCCAUUGGAAGAAAGAUCUAUGAGUUCUACAAUGCUCCCAUCGUGAAAUUCUGGUUUUACACUCUGGCAUACAUAGGCUACUUGAUGCUGUUCAACUACAUUGUGUUAGUGAAGAUGGAUCGCUGGCCAUCUAUUCAGGAAUGGAUUGUCAUCUCAUACAUUUUCACUCUGGGAAUAGAGAAGAUGAGAGAGAUCCUCAUGUCAGAGCCUGGGAAGCUGCUGCAAAAAGUCAAAGUUUGGCUCCAGGAGUACUGGAAUGUUACUGACCUCAUAGCUAUCCUCCUGUUCUCUGUUGGGAUGGUUCUCCGCCUGCAAGACCUGCCUCUACGGAGCGACGGCCGCGUCAUCUACUGCGUCAACAUCAUCUACUGGUACAUCCGGCUGCUGGACAUCUUCGGCGUCAACAAGUACCUGGGGCCCUACGUCAUGAUGAUCGGGAAAAUGAUGAUAGACAUGAUGUACUUUGUCAUCAUCAUGUUGGUGGUUCUGAUGAGCUUCGGUGUGGCAAGACAGGCCAUUCUCUUCCCCAAUGAGGAGCCUUCGUGGAAGCUGGCGAAAAACAUUUUUUACAUGCCUUACUGGAUGAUCUAUGGGGAAGUGUUUGCAGACCAGAUAGACCCACCUUGUGGUCAAAAUGAAACCAGAGAAGACGGCAAAAUUAUCCAGCUACCUCCCUGCAAGACAGGAGCAUGGAUCGUCCCUGCCAUCAUGGCCUGCUACCUCUUGGUAGCAAACAUCCUUUUGGUGAAUCUCCUCAUUGCAGUUUUCAACAACACGUUUUUCGAAGUCAAAUCUAUAUCAAACCAAGUUUGGAAGUUUCAAAGGUACCAGCUCAUCAUGACAUUCCACGAAAGACCGGUUCUCCCACCACCUCUGAUCAUUUUCAGCCACAUGACAAUGAUAUUUCAACACCUCUGCUGCAGAUGGAGGAAGCAUGAAAGUGACCCAGAUGAGAGAGACUAUGGAUUGAAACUUUUCAUAACUGAGGAUGAAUUGAAAAAGGUCCAUGAUUUUGAAGAGCAGUGCAUAGAAGAGUAUUUUAGAGAAAAGGAUGACAGAUUCAACUCCUCCAAUGAUGAAAGAAUCCGUGUCACUUCAGAAAGGGUGGAGAACAUGGCCAUGCGGCUGGAAGAAGUAAACGAGAGAGAGCACUGCAUGAAGGCCUCUCUGCAGACUGUUGACAUCAGGCUUGCUCAGCUGGAAGACAUGAUGGGACGAAUGGUGACUGCCUUGGAAAAGAUGGCUGGCAUUGAGAGAGGCGAGACAACCAAGAUCCGAUCCAGGACCUCAUCCGACUGUACUGAUGCAGCCUACAUUGUGAGGCAGAGCAGCUUCAACAGUCAGGAAGGAAAUGCCUACAAGCUUCAAGAGAGCAUUGAUCCCACAGGAGAGGAGUCCAUGUCCCCAACAUCACCUACGAUCACACCCCGCUUGCGAAGCCAUUCCUUCUAUGCAACAAAUAUAAAGGACAAGUGUGGGUUGGAAAAGCUGGAAAGCAUUUUUAAGGAAAGAUCUCCAAGCCUGCAUCGGGCAAUCAGUUCCCACUCAAUAGCAAAAGAAGGAAAGGCUCCUUUACCCCCUACCAGCACUUUGUCAAUCGCCCCAGACUCCAGAAGACCUUCGUCUUGCAUAGACAUCUAUGUUUCUGCCAUGGAUGAGAUGCAUUCUGACACAGAACCUCUCGAGAGCACCAUAAAUAUUCUUGGUCCUGAAGAUGCAGCUCUGCCAGCUCACAUAGCCUCUUCCCUUUUAACUAAUAGUGCAUACAUCAGCAGUGCAGCCGGUGAAAAGAUCUCUGGCAGGAGUCUUGAUUAUGAGGAAACUUCUGGAAUAGAAACAAGAGCAUUUUCUUCAGACUAUUCACAAAUCACAGACUGCCAAAUCCCGUGGGAUUCAGACCCUCCUUUGUACCAUACUUUAGAGCGAUCAAAAAGCAGUCGUUACCUGGCUACCACUCCAUUUAUUCUGGAGGAAACACCAAUUGUGAAAUCUCACAGCUUCAUGUUCUCUCCUUCUCGAAGCUACUUCAGCAGCCUUGGUGUCCCAGUCAAAACAGCAGAGUACACAAGUAUUACAGAUUGCAUAGACACGAGGUGUGUGAGCGCUCCCCAGGCCAUUGCAGAGAGGGCCAGUUUCCCUGGAAGCCUCAGGGGCAAAGUGGAAGACUUGGGAUGCUGCCACCCAGAGAGAGAAGCUGAACUAACCCACCCAAGCUCCGAUCAUGAGGACAUCGAGGUCAAAGACAAGAAGGGAAUCCCCUUAUCUCCUCAAGACAGCAGUGCUACAACUCUGCCCAACAGCAUCCCACUCCCAAAGAUAGAGCGAGCCAACAGCUACUCUGCAGAAGAGUCCAGCGUGCUGUAUGCACAGCACACACGGAAGAGCUACUCCAUCAGUGACAAACUUGACAGGCAGCGAAACACAGCCGGCCCACGGAACCCCUUGGAGAGAAGCAAGUCCUCGAGGCCAGAGAGCAAAGGGGACAACCUCUCCAUGAGGAGACUGUCAAGAACUGGAGCCUUCUGCAGCUUUGAAAGCAAGCACAGCUAGGCUUAUACAAAGCUCACCAGCAGUCUAAGGGUCAUCUGCUUUUCAGUCUGUUUUUCUUAGCAGAAUUUUUAAAAAAUCCUCACAUCACCCCAUGUUGAGUCCAAUUGGCAUUAGCCACGGGUCAAGGGAGCACAUUUUCAAUCUCAGCACCACUACUGAUGUACUCCAUCUUGACCCAAUUGACAUUUGCACUUAAGUAAAAAGGGAGAGAUGAAAGCUUUACAAAACCUUCAGUAAACAAGAGGAAUAACAAGACCCCUUAAUGAAGUCAGAGGACUUAGAUUAAUAGCUCCAGAUAUCUGCCUUUUAUUAGAGGGUAUCCUAAGACCUUUUAUCAUUAUUCAAGUUUUUAAGAUGCAGGAAUUAACUGGCAAAAAAAAGAUUUACAAAUUAGGUAUUCCAAACUUCAAUCACAACUUCUUUUUCAUCUAUGUCACCAUUGUGAUGACUGGUAAAAAGCAUUCAUUAUUUCUGUAGGAACUGGCAGCAAAAAACCUUAAAGUCUCCCAAGUCCCUUGCAUCCCAUAUUUGUGAAAAUGAAGAAAGAUGAACACAACAACAACUAUAAAUGUUCACUUGUCUCCUUUUGUAUCAACUUCUAGUGCCACAGAAAGUUUAUAUUUUCAAGAGCGGAAAGGGAAAUGAAAUGCCUUUUUUACUGCAACUUAAAUGGAAGAAGAAUUUAUGUUAAAAUGUCAGGUGAUUUCCUGUGUAAAACAGGCAUUCUUGAUUCUAGCACAGGUGAGCAAGCUCAGGAUGAAUGUAAUUAAGUGGAAUAGUAUAUAUUUAUUUUUUUACCACAUUUGUCAUCAGUAUGUUGUCUCACUAAAUCAAAGGAUAUAAUGAAACAGUAAGUAUAAGACGAUCAGAGCAGAGCAUAGUAAUAGUGUCCAGUUCUCAUGGCUCAGUUUAAUUAUAUAUAUAAAUUGGGGAGAUUUAUCCACCAUGCUGCUACCAGGUUCUUCUUGCUGUUUCAUUUGAGCUGCCAUUUCUUCACAUCAUUCCCCCACCUAUAAAAUUCACACCUUUUCCCCCUUUUUUUUUCAUGUGAACAUAGCUGUAUUUGGACUUUUUAAAUUAUACAGGAUUUAAUCAAGAAGUCUGAAUCCAGAUUUGUGUAUUUAGACAGAAGCUGCUUAAAGGAAAAUAUUUUUGGCAGAGGACUGGAAAACACUAGAAUUUCUAUAUGCUUCUAAGGUAAGUAAAAGAACGAAAGUGAAACUGCAAGUGUGUGUAAAGAGCAAAAGCCAUCAGUUGUGAGCGGGCAUCCGCAGCCCAGCAGUGUUCAUCAUCACAGCGUGCUCAUCACACAGCUCGCAGGGAGCGCGGGCGCUGGGAAAGCGUGUCUGAGGGGUAGCGCAGGGGCGGGCGCUGGGUGAAGACAAGUGUAACUCCACUGACUCCACCCACGUCCCGAGGGCCCACAUUGUCAGCAAGAGUGUCAAACUCCUCAUGAGGCAGUGUCCGGUGGUCACAGGAGGAAGGGAAAACAGAAGACUGGAGAAGGGUGGAGAAGCAUAAGCUGCAACUGGAAAAACAAUUCACAUUCCUUUAUGACGGAACAACUUUUAAACUUUUUAAAAGUUGACACUAGUGCUAUCAGAAGUUAAAAUAUCUCAACAGUUACCAAUAUCUGUGUGGAACCAGCUCCUUUUUGUUAUUAAAAAUUGACAUUUGUGAGUGGGGUACAUAUUUCACAUUAUUUAAAUUGAAUUAGGCAGCUUUGAGAAUACAAGCUGAUAUUUUCUCACUGAGUCCUCACCCUGGGAGACUCUGAGCACCAUCUGAGAGUUAAGUCCAAAAGGCGACUAAUCCAGACAGAAAAAUAACCAUCAGCCUCAAGAAAAGAGGCAAAGAAGGUGAAAACAUUUAGUUAACAAGUCACUGCGUUGGAAGGACAGGACAGGAAACAAGGAAAUGCAGCAAGGGGAUGUUAAGAGCAAUGUGUUUCACACUUCCUGCACCAACGUGUUCCUUGCUUUCUUCUGUUUGAUCAGGCUUUCAGUGAACUAAACUCCACCAAGACACCAUGUUUAUGCAAUUGCCUUGCAGGCCAUGUGCAGCAUUACAGUCACAUGGUGAUACCAAGAAAGGUCAGAAACCUUUCUGUGCAUUAUGAAGCAUGCUUGUGGCAGGCUGAUUGUUGAACAAUAGCAAAAUGCCCAAGGGCAAAGGAACUUGUGUUUAACAAUAUGCUUCAAAUGUGCCAACCUUCUGUUAGCAGCCUUUUCCUAAGGCUUCUCCAAAUCUAUCUAUCUAUGGAGAGUAGAGGGGGAUAUUCUUACUUCGCUUUCUUUGUUACUUUUAUGAAUGUCUGCUAAAACUGUUGUGGACUCUUUCAUCUUCAUUGUAUUACUGGUCUACUCAAGAGGAAUUUCAGAUUCAUUAGAAAUUCCUCGACAGCGCUUAGUGAAUUAGGGAUAGGGCUCUCCUCUGGGGUAGAUUCCAUUGGUUAGUUUGUCAGGGUAAAGAAAUUUGCCAAGCCUAGAAGCUGUAUAAAUAUUUAGGAUACAGCACCUUAUUGAUCUGGAGCACACAUUCCAGGCAAAAUGAAACAGAACACUUUAUUUACCUCUUAAAAUUUGCCAUUAUAUAUAAAAUGUAAAUUCAAAUGUUAAAAGUGUGAUUGCAAGAGGUCAGAACACUACUUUUCCUGAAUGUUUCCCAUUUAUUCUACAAUGUGAUGUCUAUAGAAUAUAUUAUGAUGGAUGUUAGAUUAUUUUAUUUUCACCUGGUUUUUACACAUUGCAUCAAACGGCUCCUUUUUGAAUUUGAUGAUAAAACAUUCCCAUUUCUUGCAAUGGGACCAGACUUCCCAUUCUCUCUCCCAUAUUUAGUGAGAUAGAAGUCUCAUCAUCCAUCAUCAUGUAGCUAUAGCAUGUGCCAUAUGAUGUAUUCUGUAUCAAAGGAUAGCUUAUGAAAUAGACACAUAUGUAGUUGUGACAUGUGGUAAUAUUAGUGAACGUUACAGGACAGUUUUAAUAUCUCAUUACAUGGUCUUGUUUGUAAAUCUGUAACAUUCAAUAAAAUAGCACAUGUUGCAUCAAACAUUAAGUUCCACUAUCCAGUUAUUAGCUUACGUAUGGAAUAUGCAUUUCUGGUCACGGUGUGUAAGUUUGGUAUGUUUCGCACAUUUCUUUGUAUAGCUCCACUUUAACGUCUGUAUGGGCUGAUGUAUAAACCUCUAACGAGCCACUGUGGGCUGUGACAGAUGAGUUGUGAUGGUGUGAAAGACAAACUGGCAUGUUAUGCAAAAGAUUAUAAGAUAUAUGAACUUUAAUAAUAUUUUAAAACUCAACUGAAUUUAGCUGUUUGUUUACAUAUGCUGGUUGACUGAGGAAGCAGUGUGCAGUAUUUUAUAAAUAUUUUCCUAUAGUAAUCCAUUCUGUUGUUUCCAGUUUAAGUGAUUCUAUUCUACAGUUGGGGUAUACACUUGUCCUAGGUAUUGUAGUAUAGCACAUUAUUCUUUCACAAUAACAGUGUGAUAUGACUGAAGUAGUUUCUCUUCCUUAAAGUCCAGUCUUUUUUUGUCAAAGAAAAUGCAUGCAUUGUUCCAUGAGUUUCUUUGGACUGCUAGGAGACUUAACAUUUUGCUAUUGCCUGCCUGUAAAGAUGAAUCCAGUUAGGAAUGAAUUCAAACUUUUGGAUGUUUACAUUAUUUCCAUUAUUUUUGAUCUUUAGCAAAGUAAGUGAUUUUUUUAUUAUUUUUAAAAGACAACUGUAUUUUAUGAAAUUUGAAUACUCAAAACAAAAUGCGAACCUACAGCAGUGCUCAGACAUUUGGCUCUCUCUUUUUUUUGGAAGAGAUCAGGUGCUACACUAUUUUCUUAGCACAAGUGCCAGUUAGCAAAUGGCAGUGAGGGGAUAAUUUGAAAAUAUAAUGAAAAACCAAAACAUCCAUUCAUCUACAAAAGGAAAUCCCUCUGGGUUCCAGACAUAGAUUACUUUUUUUUUUUUUUUUAAUUUUCCAUUUAUAGAUUUUUUGGUAAAAAAAAAAAACAACGAAACCAAUUUGUACCUUUUGCGGAAAGGAUAGCCUUUUGUCAGGGGAUAAAUAUCUUAGUUAGGUAUAUUUUUUGUAUGAGAAGAAAACGAUUUGUUUCUUAGAAACUGUCAGUGCAUGGAAAAUGCAACUAUGUGAAUAACUGCUCAAAAAAAAAAAAGUGCUGGUAGCAGCACACAGCCUUAGUCCAAUGACUGCAGUGGGCGUAAGCCAGUAUCUGUCCUGAGAGCAGACAUCAUCAGAGGUAUUAGAGUGAGCCAGUGAAACAAAAUUCCCUGUAAACUCAGGGUGCAGGUUUUCAAAACAAGCAUAAAUGUCUUAUUACAUUGCUCAGGUUAAACAGUGAAGUGGAUCUGAUAAUCAUCCAAAGGGAAAGUGUGAGAGGGUUUUUCCUGGAUUUCCCUUGAAACACUUACAUAGUUGUGAUGUCUUCCCCUGCUUAAAAGUGACAAUUUAUUUGCAUUUUUUGCACAGAUAUGCAUAUUUGGUUCAACAAAGGCCACAUUUUCAGUUCUGUCAAAAGAUGCUAGGUAUAGACCAUCUUCUUCAAAACGAAUGGGUAAGAUUCCUAGCAUGAAUUUUCCCUUCAACCACCUUAGAUAAAAUUACAGUCCAAACUGGGAUGAGAAGUGAAACACUGGGGGUGUCUGCUUACAUAGUGAAACCCUUCACUACUGUAGAUGGAAUUACUGUCCUUGCCACACAGUGGCAUAGGAGCAGUAGUAUUGGAUGCAGAGGGACUUUGUUUCUGCACCCUGCUUUUUAGCCAGUCGUACAUUUCAUACAGAACUCUACACGUCACACAGGCUUCUCGUCUCCAUGAUUGACUACAAUUACGGUCUUACUAAUGCUGGUGCAAAUCUGCAGAAAAUCCACUGAUUUCAGUGGCAUACUCUGGCUGCUGUCAGGAGAUAGAUUUAUUCUGCAUUUCUAACUCAAUAUUACUUUGAGUCAUGGCAUGGAUUACACUAUAUCAUCUUCAAGCUGGAGGUCUAAUGAUGGAGCCAUUGAGCCAGUCUGGUUGUGAAACAGUCUCUGACCUUUUAAUUUUUGCUGUAUGCUUUCAGAUCAUUCAUAGAGCCACACAAUACUUACUCCAAAAGGCUGUUAGGUAAAAACAUUGGAUUAUUAAAUUGCUGCUGUUUCUGCUGCAGGGAAGUAUAACUCUUGCUUAUUUUAAUAUCUAGGAGGGAGGGGGAAGGGAAAGAAGAAGGAAUUGGAUGUGAAAUACAGUUUUAUGCCUGCACAAGAGUAAAUUGUAUUAAAGUUAUAUCUUUUUUCCACCACUGCAGUUGUUGUACAUGACGAGAGUCUAUUUGCUGCUACUGCUGUCUGGAACAGUGUUUGCAAUAUUCUAUACUAAUAGCUAUUUAAUCAUUUAUUAUUUGGGCUAUCAUUUGUAAGUGUAUAACAAUCAUUUAUAAAGGGAUAAAAAUUACUAAAAUGUUAUUUUAAAAAAAUUCCUACUAAUACAAAGCUUUUCAAGUAUGAUUUGUCUGAGUGUACAUAACUAGGGAAAAUGGUCCUUUCCAAAGGUCUACUGGAUUCACAAUGCACUUUUAGACUGUGUUUAGAUGCGUAAUAAAAAGCAGAAGUUGGCAAUUACUACAGUAGAACUUUCUGAAAUUUCUGUAACAAUUGUUUUGCAAUAAAAAAAAAAGAUAUGUAGA